GUCGUUGGCAUUACGGGGUCGGUCAACAGUGGCGACGCGCGGCUCGGGACAACCGAUAAGAGGGCCCAGUCCGACGGCCACUGUCGCCUCAGAUGACCGGCUCCCAGCGGGUAGGGCGGUGGUGUGCAGGUCGGCGCUGGGUUACAUAUUCAGCUUGUCAUAACAACCAGCAUUUAUCCAUUUUACAAUACACGCACGGUGCAAAAUCAGUGACUAACAAAAUGCGUGCGUGGGCUGCAUGCACACUUUGUCAACAAAAAGCUCAUUUGCUCUCCUUUGCACACUCAAUAGUGAAUAUUUUGCAUCACAUGUAACAAAUUGGCUCACUGUAGCACAACAAUUGGAGUUGUCAACAAAACUCAAUUUGUUUUGUUCGUACACGCGACAACCGUCUCCUCUAUACACAUCAAGCUAAUAUUUGCUCAUAAAAAUUGUACACACAUCAAAAUCUAUCAGGACUCUCAAAUUAGCUUGUGCUAGCUAACUCCUGGCGAUGGCUUCAUGCUACUUGACCUUUUCCCGUCAUCUGCUUGUUAGCUUGUUAGUGAUUGCACAAGUAAGUCUUGGGCCCUACUUUCUGAGCAGGAGAACUGAAUGCCAGGUUUCGAGGUCUAUCUCCGAAGGCGACGAAUGACAUUGUGCCACUGUAUUUUCCGUUUACAAAUCAGCGACGCAAAACAGGAACUCCCUGCUUGGGAAUGUCGCUCAGCUGGCACGGAGAGCUGGGACGGCGGAACACUUGAUGUCACCUGAACGCCCCUCACGGAAGCAAGCUUGAUUGAUAAAGAGAAAUUUCAAUCGACUGUUGAAGCUCACUGCCCCGUCGCACCUUUCCCACAUUUCCAUCACGGGAGUUGGCCCGCGUGGGCGUGAUUGAAAUUAGCCCCGACAGAACCUUGUCAUCAAGAAUGUUCUGCCUGUGUUCUCCGUGCUGUUUGCGUGUGUGAUCCUCAGCAGAUGGCUGCCGCGUCAGACUAAAAAGGAGACAAGCGUGUCAGUGAUACUGUGAAAAACAAUCACAUGAUGAUCAUAUUGCAGGAAAAUGAUGCUGACAGUGUGUCUUGUGUUUGUGUGUAUUUGUGUGUGCGCGCGCAGGUGUUCUCAAGCAGUGAUGAAGCCCCCAUCAAUAAGAAGCUCCCCAAAGAGCUCCUGCUUAGAAUAUUCUCCUAUCUGGACGUGGUCACCCUCUGCCGGUGUGCUCAAGUCUCCAAGGCCUGGAAUGUUCUGGCGCUGGACGGCAGCAACUGGCAGAAGAUCGACUUGUUCAACUUCCAAACGGACAUCGAGGGCCGUGUGGUGGAGAACAUCUCCAAGCGGUGUGGAGGUUUCCUGAGGCAGCUCAGCUUGCGGGGAUGCCUGAGCGUGGGCGACGCGGCCAUGAGAACUUUUGCACAGAACUGUCGUAACAUCGAAGUGUUGAACCUGAACGGCUGCACCAAGAUCACAGACAGCACCUGCCUCAGCCUCAGCAAGUUCUGCUCCAAACUCAAACAUCUGGACCUCACCUCCUGCGUCUCCGUCACCAACCAUUCCCUCAAGGCCCUCAGCGACGGCUGCCGCAUGUUGGAGACGCUGAAUCUGUCCUGGUGCGACCAGAUCACGCGCGACGGCAUCGACGCUCUUUCCCGAGGCUGCGCUGCAUUACGGACACUCUUCCUCAGAGGCUGCACACAACUGGACGACGGCGCCUUGAAACAUUUGCAGAAGCACUGCCAAGACCUCACCGCCAUCAAUUUGCAGUCGUGCACGCAAAUCACUGAUGAUGGUCUGGUGAGUCUGUGCCGAGGAUGCCACAAGCUGCAGAUCCUCUGCGUGUCGGGCUGCGGCAACAUCACGGACGCCUCCCUCAUCGCACUGGGACUCAACUGUCCUCGACUCAAGAUCCUCGAAGCUGCUCGAUGUUCCCACGUGACGGACGCCGGCUUCACCGUGCUGGCCAGGAACUGCCACGAGCUUGAAAAAAUGGACUUAGAAGAAUGUAUUUUGGUGACAGAUAACACUUUGGUUCAGCUGUCCAUCCAUUGCCCCCGUCUGCAAGCUUUGUCUCUGUCUCACUGCGAGCUGAUCACGGACGACGGCAUCCGGGCACUGAGCGCGAGCGCCUGCGGCCAAGAGCGUCUGAGCGUGGUGGAGUUGGACAACUGCCCGCUCAUCACCGACGUCACCCUGGAGCACUUGAAGAGCUGCCACAGCCUGGAGCGCAUCGAGCUGUACGACUGCCAGCAAGUCACGCGGGCCGGCAUCAAGCGCAUCCGGGCUUUCAUUCUGCCACAUUUACGUUUGCGCAGGCCCACCUUCCCGACAUCAAGGUCCACGCUUACUUCGCCCCCGUCACGCCCCCUCCCUCGGUGCACGGCGGCGGGCAGCGCCUGUGUCGCUGCUGCAUCAUCCUCUGACAGUGGAGGGCCAGGGGGGGCCACCUCUGCCUGCAGGUGCUGCUGCUCUGAAAACCACAGAGGAAGGGUGAUGGAGUGGGGGCAGGGGUCGGGCUAGUAGAAGGAGAGGAGGGGCUGGACCCACUCAACUGCUUCCUGGUCCUACCCGGACCGCUACGUAGGCUCCUCCUCUUCCUCGUGAGCAUCUUCUCACACGUUUGCCAUCCUUCCUUACGACCGCCGUACAUCCAGAAUGGACAAUCACGAGACGCCACGGGCGAAAGAGGACUGCCGUUUUGAGAUUUUGUUUGAACUGAGAAAAGAAGAGGCAACUUAUUUUUAUUUUUGGCUUAUCGUAACGGUUCUUCCUGACCCCCCGCCUAAGUGUCAAUUCAGAGCCGCAGUGUUAAACAAAGAAGUAUUACAGCAUUUGUUUACAUCCCGGAAUAGCUUUGCACCACGCUAACUUGUUUACAUUGGUAGCCCGCCUUCCAUUCGCUACAUUUUACAAGCGGCUUCCCAUUUUGACAAUCACGCAUCAUUUUGGACAAAAGAAAAAAUCAUAGCUAAGCAUUUCACAUCCCCCCCCCCCCCCCCCCCAAAUGACAGGACUCAAGGAUUAUGGGGAGAGGGAAGACUUCCGGCAGGCUAGUUUGUGGAUGAUGCAAACAAAAAAGGAUUUAAAAGAAAAAAAAGAUGGACUGGCUAAGCUGACGCUAACGCCCUUCCCUCUUUUUUGAAAAGGUCUUUAACAGUUUUAUGUUUGAGAAAAUAAACAGAUGGAUAAAUAAAGUGAAACCAUAGGAAAUA